AUGAAAUAUUCUGUCGAUUUUCCAAAUGGAUCAAAUUUAUAUAGUAUCGAUAAUUUAAAUAAUAAUACUAAUACUAUAAACUAUUUUUAUAACAACUCGCCAACCUCAAACAGUAAUACUGAUACUGAAUUAUAUGGAAAUUUUAAACCUAACUUUAUGAAUCAACCUGACCUACAACCAAUGUCAAAUAUAACAAGCUAUUCUAUGAAUGGUGAUCAAUCUUUAGGAGGAAUGGACUCAAACAAACUUAGAUGGAACCAACCUCCAUUAACAAAUACAACUGGAUACCCACAACAACCACAGCAACAUGAUAAUACAAAUACAAGUACAUCAGAAAAUUCAACUUGCAAUAACUCACCAGUCUCUCAAUCAACAAGUUAUAUGGGCAAUCAAAAUAUAAAUCAAUCCUCCUCCCCAAAUGUCUCAUCAAAUAAUAUUUUAAAUAGUAGCAAUAACUCUUCAUCUUCUUUAAUUAUCAAUAAUACACUCCCAUCAACAUCACCAAAUGUUUUAAGUGCACCAAAUAAAAAGAGACAAAGAGAUGACGAAAUAAAUACAAGCAAUAAUAAUAAUAGUUAUAUAGAUCCUUUUGCUUUACGAGAUGAUAAAGAUUUUAAUCAAUCUACAAAUUCAAAUUUAGAUAAUACAAAUUUGCAACAAAAUUUUAAUAAUAGUAAUAUAAAUGACUCUACUAAAGAAAUAAAUAUUAAAAUUAAAAAAGAUAAUACAACAUCAAAUAUACAACAAACAGCUACCACCCAAGCAUCAAAUACAACAACUGCAAACACAGCUAAUAAUAAAAAUCAGCAAACCUCUGGAAAUUUAAAAUUACCUUCAAUUCAUCAUUUAGAAUUUGAAGUCGAUAGAAAUGCGAAAAAAGAUGAUAAUAGCAGCGGCAAUAAUACAUCUUCAAACAAUACAAAUACAACAAAUACUGUAAAUAAUUCCUCAACAAAUACUACAAAUACAGCAAAUACCUCAAAUCCUAACAACACAUCAAAUCAAUCAUCAUCAUCACCAAAUAACCAAAAGAAAAGAAAAACUAAACCAUCCAAAUAUUCAAUUACCCCAACCAACCCACUUACCCCAACUUCAUCAUCAACAAAUAGUAGCAUAGGAGCAUCACCAAUUAGCUCAUCAUCAAACAUACCAUUUAAUGUUCAAAGUACUUUAUCCUCAAAUAGUUUACAAUCAUAUAUGAAUCCAACUGACUAUUCCAGCAUGGUUUCAACCUAUCACUCACCAACCUCUUCUUCGACCACUUCUUCAUCCGUAACAUCACCAUUAAUUAACCAAUAUGGUACCAAUCCCACCGCACACCCAUUAAGUAACCAAUUUUAUUCAUCAUUAGCCGGCGCCCAAACUAAUGAUACCUCAUAUUUCCAAUCAUCUGUAAUAUUAUCACCAUUCCAAAAAUCACAUAAUCCAACCAACCCUUUAAGCAGCUACGGCUCCACAGGAGAUUUAAAUGACUACAUGUCCUUAAACUCUAGUUAUUAUGGUAAUAAUACUGGAAGUGGUAUGAAUACUCCACAAGGUAUGGGCCACUCACCAUCACAUGACUACAGUAGUAACCCAACUACAAUGGCAAAAAAUCAAUAUGAUUCAACUUCAUCACUUUCACUACUAUCAUCAUUAGGAGAUAAUAAUUUAAAUAAAUCACAUACAACCAACUAUUAUUCAUCAGCAUUAGCCUCAACAACACCAUCAUCAACCUCAACUAACCAAACCACACUUACAAGCAAUAGCAAUACAACUAACAAAUUAACCACAACAACUACUGGACACAUUAAAUAUGAACCAAAUUCUUCCACAAACUAUCAUGAUCAAAUAUCCCAAUCACACCUUUAUCAAAACAACUUUACCUAUUAUGACCAAUCAUUCCCACACCCACCAGUAAAGAAAACCCACAGAAGAAGACCUGCAAAUAUUGAUAAAUCUACACUUUAUUGCCAUAACUGUGGAACUAAAAAUACGCCAGAAUGGCGUAGAGGACCAUCUGGCCCAGCAACACUUUGCAAUGCAUGUGGUUUAGCAUAUGCUAAAAAACAAAGAGAAGAAGAAACCAAUCUCCAUAAACUGUUACUCCACAGCAACUCAUACUCCUAUCACAGAGGUAAUAUGUUAGAAUCAUAUGUAACUCCAUCACUUUUACCACUUUUUAACACUGCCGCAAGUGUCCCAUAUAUGAGCACCUCAAAUAAUAAUCAAAAUAAUACCACUGCUGCUGCAACUACCCACCAAACAGCAUAUACAAAUUCAUAUAAUAUACCAAAUACCGCCGCUGCAACCAAUACAUAUACAAACUCCUCUUUUAAACCUUUAACUUUUUCAUCAUUAAAAACACCAAAUGAAAGAAAUUUAAAUUCAACAAAUACAACAAAUACAAAUAAAACAAAUUAUACUUUAAAUGGUUCAAUAUAA